AUGUCACAAACAAUAGAUAAGGCAACAGCCUUAGAAAAAAUCCCUCGCGAUUAUUCAACCUAUUCCAAACUCUCUGCUGAAUUAAAGUUGGACGUUGAUGUUGUCAGAAUUACCUUGCAAAAGACUGGCAGUUAUUGUAUUGGUCAAAUACCAAUGGUAGUGUUUGAAAAUGAUCGCUCAUUGGCCUUCCUUGCCCUCUCAAAAGGUUUUUCUCUUGAUAAAUUACCAGCCAUCUAUAAAAGUGAUAAGGAAAUGGUCUUGAUGGAUUAUAAGAAAAGAUAUUAUGGUCCAAUUCAUGCUAACAUGGACCUUUGGAAUGAUAAGGAUUUUCUUGAUCAAUUACUUGUUUUAAAUCCGAGCCUUGAAUGA